UAGCUGGUUCAGUAAUUAAGACUUCAAAAUUAACGAACAAAGAACUGGUUUUUUAAGACAACCAAAAAAACACAAGAUACUGAACACUGACACCUUCACGCAAAAAUAAAACACUCCUUUCUCCCUCUCUCUCUCUCUCUCUGUGAAUCUCCCUGCCUCUAAAACAAUGGACCCUCUGAAUUCUAACGAGUCUUCUGCUUUCAAGAACGUACCCAGAGCUGCUGAUAUCCCAGUUUAUGCUGUGAUGGUUGCUUAUAGUGAAGACGCUAGUCCAGUUAAGCUGAAUUUGGGCAUUGGUGUUUAUAGAGAAGAGGAUGGAAAACCUCAUGUCUUGAAUGUAGUUAGACGAGCUGAGCAGCUACUGCUUCAUGACAAGUAUGCCACCAAGGAAUAUCUCCCAAUUACUGGGUUGACAGAAUUCAGUAAAUUGAGUGCAGAGCUUGUUUUUGGUGCUGGCAGCCCUGCUAUCACUGAGAAUAGAGUGACUACAGUCCAGUGCUUGUCUGGUAGUGGUUCACUGAGGAUUGGAGCUGAGUUUUUAGCAAAACAUUACCACCAUCACACAGUGUACCUUCCCCAGCCAACAUAUGCAAAUCAUCCAAACUUUUUCUUAUCAGUUGGUCUAGCUUUGAAGACUUACCGAUACUAUGAUCCAAAAACACAUGGGCUGGACUUUCAAGGACUAUUGGAAGACCUUGGUUCUGCACCAUCAGGUGCCAUUGUGCUUCUCCAAGCAUGUGGCCACAAUCCUACUGGUGUUGAUCCAACUCUCGAUCAAUGGGAGCAGAUCAGGCAGCUGAUGAGGUUUAAAGGAAUAUUACCUUUCUUUGAUUGUGCUUAUCAGGGUUUUGUAAGUGGAGAUUUGGAUAUGGAUGCACAAUCAAUCCGAAUGUUUGUCAUGGAUGGUGGUGAAUGUCUCGUAGCUCAAUCUUAUUCAAAGAUUAUGGGAAUAUACAGUGAACGUGUUGGUGCACUUAGUAUUGUGUGCAAGACAGCAGAUGUAGCAAGCCGGGUCAAUAGCCAGCUGAAACUUGUGAUCAGACCCAUGUACUCAAACCCACCCAUUCAUGGGGCAGCCAUUGCAGCUGCCGUCCUAAAGGACAGGGAACUGUUCACUGAAUGGACUGUUGAGUUGAAGGCAAUGAUUAAACGUAUUACGAACCUGCGCGGGCAACUUCAUGAUGCUUUAUGUGACAGAGGAACACCUGGGGACUGGAGCCACAUUAAAAGGCAGGUUGGAAUGUUUACCUUCUCUGGUUUGAAUGAGGAGCAAGUUGCCUUCAUGACGGAAGAAUACCACGUCUACAUGUCAUCUGAUGGGAGGAUUAACAUGGCAGGCCUGAGCACUAAAACAGUCUCCCAUCUUGCGAAUGCGAUCCAUGCAGCUGUUACCCAGAUACCAUCAUAAUCAGUCGAUGGUAAUUUUGUUUUGUUUUGCUCGAGGGAGAGAUGGGCCUCGCAUUUUAUUCUUCGUGUGCGAUGGUAUGCUUUGGGCCUAUCACUUGGAUUCAAAAUUACAAAGAUCAAAGGCUGAUCUUUUUCCCCUUAAAAGCUUUCUGAAAGAGAGGAUCAGUUCACUCUUUUUGACUUUUGUACUUUAAUCAAAUCUUCAUUUUUAUGUGUUUGAUAAGGAAAAGAAAAGUUUGUACAGAAAAGUAGGUCCAAGAUUCCUUUAUAUAAUAUUCUUUUCUUAGUAUAUAAUUAUUGUUUUACUUCUA